UCUAUGUUUAUGGAGUUCUAUUGAAAUUCCACUUUUCAUUUUUAUCUUUGCUGUUUUGCUUAGAUGCUUUUGCUUUGCUGUUUUGCUUAGAUUAAAAAAUAUAGAUUUUUAGAAUUUUAAGCCUUUGCUUUGUAUUUAUUUUUUUCUAUUCCCACUAUAGCUUUAGGAAUAAGGUGGAAAAUGCUUUACUGAGAUGAAUCAGAGGGUCAGAGUAGUUAGGUGACUUACUCAGGGUUUUAUUUAAAAGUAGCAAAGCUGUUAGUCCAACUAUAGUCAGAAGACUAGUCAAAUGCAUGUCCAUCCCACUACAUUGCAAUUCUUUUUAGUCACAUUUUACUGAGGUUCUUCAUUUAUGGAGAUAAAUGCAUCAUAAAUAUAUGACCAACAAAUAAAUCUAUGUCCAACAAAUACGUAACUUUUCCAGAAUUGGUAUCAUAAUGGCAGUGUUGCCCACAUAAGAGAAGGUGUAAUAGGUAAAUUUACCAAAUAUUUUGCUUUGUAUUGUAUCUGAAUAUUUUAUUAAAUAAAUGGUGAUGGAAAAGUAACACAGAGAUAUGAUAUAAAACAAUUUCAUACAGAACUACCCUAUCUAAAUAUAUGAAAUAUCAUAGCAUCAGUGACCCAUGCUUAAUAAAUCUAAUGAAAGAUAUUUUUCUGCACCAGUCAUCUCAGAGCCACGUCCAGAAUACUGUAGAGAGAGUACCAUUACGACAAUCUAUGCAUUGGUGCUUUCACUAGCUCCCCCUUCUCCUGUGAUACCGUUUGGAAGCUAUCCUACUAUCCCCUGGAAGGGGGAGCUCUUCCUGAUUCCUGAGAGGUGAGGAAAAAAGAUUGUCCAGGCCCAGUUAGGGAGAGGCCUUUAGAAGCAUGGGGUGGACCAGUAACCCUGUCUUACAAGUGAUUGAUGGAGAAGUUUUCUUUUUCAUGAAUGAAGGCUAUGAGCAUUUUUAGUGAGGUUAGUGUCUUUUGAAACUUUCUUUAUCUAGAAGGAAUACAGAUGAUAGUAUGCCUCUCUUUGAAAUUGGUGUCAUUGCUACUUUAUUAGUCAAUCAGUUGAUAGUGCUGCAGUUUUGGUGUAUCUGAUGCAUACCAUCUGAAUGAAAGGCAUUUAAUUAGGAUUUUAAUAUCUCUAAGUAUUUAAAGAUGAAUUUUCUGCUAUCUCCAACUCUAGACAGUUCCUUACAUUGCAACAAAAUCACUGUAUAAUUUUAACACAACAAUAAAUUAUGGAGAUACUGCAGACCUAUAUUAGCUUGCUAAAGUAUUAAUAUUUUAAAUUACCUCAAUUGCAUUUUUUGUUGGUGCCUACUAAGUAACUGUUUUACAACGUAUAUUCACACAGCUCUGAUUCAAAAAUUCAGAAGUGCAAAACAUGAGAAGGAAGCAGUAGGAGAGGAGUUUACAGCUUUAAGACAUGAGGAGCUUACAGCUUUUUAAUAUAAAUUGUUCCCAGAAUCCAUGUCACAGAUCCUUAUAUGGUGCUGCUUUUUUCCUCUUGGUUGCUAUGACAACAGCAGCACUGCACCAUUCAUCAGCUCUGGACCUGGGCUGCACUGCUAGCCUUCCUUGUUACUCCUGAAUGUUAAGAAGAACAUCCGUGAAUCAUUCACUCUGUUAACGCUGCGCCAUUAGAAACCUAAGAACCAGUUCUUCCAGUAAUUUGCUCUAACAGUGGGUGAACUAAACUGCGCCACAGAAAAAAAUUGUGUAAAAAUAUUUGUUUUAUCCUAAUGGAAUCAUACAACCUAUAUUUGCUGCAGUAUUCUGAAAGGAUAAGCUUAUGUCAACCAAUCUAAUGAAAAGAACUCGUCUGUGUAAUCUCUUGAAAUCAUUAGUUGUUCAAAACAGAAUACCACAGUGCUUCUCUGGAUACAAAAAGAAGCAGAUGAUGUUGUUAGGGGUUCUAAACCCCUUUGGGAGCGUCUCUUGUGCUUUGGGACCAUCAUCAACAUCUGCUAUAAGAAGUAUCACCUGUAACGCACAGUGAGUUCUGCACAGCGUAAAGAGCUGGCUGGAGAUUGAAGUGUGGGUCAUUCCUGAUGUGUCAGGUCUGAUAACAACGUGACCAGUGAAUAAGAAGCCUUUCAGCUUUUCUAGGGGAAAAGACUCUAUAGUAUUGACUAGUGAGGAAGAAAAACUAAAACCUCCCCUCUGAGGAAGGCAAAGUUUGUUGAGAGCCCACGAAUUCCAGAAUCCGAGCUUGGCUCACCAACCCUCACUUCAGCUCAGAAACUGGAUGUGGAUGCAUACUGCCCUGGUGAUGCUGAACAGGAGCUUGGCCCCCCUCCAUCUGUAGAUGAGGCAGCAAACACACUCAUGACUCGUCUGGGUUUCCUCCUUGGAGAGAAAGUCACAGAAGUUCAGCCAGGUGACCAAUACAGCAUGGAAGUACAGGAUGAAAAUCAGACCUCAGCAAUCACCCAGCGGAUAAGUCCUUGUUCCACUCUGACUAGCAGCACUGCCUCUCCACCAGCCAGUAGCCCCUGCUCUACACUCCCACCCAUCAGUACAAAUGCAACUGCCAAGGACUGCAGCUAUGGGGCUGUUACUAGUCCAACCUCUACCCUUGAAAGCAGAGAUAGUGGCAUCAUUGCUACGUUAACAAGCUAUUCUGAAAAUGUGGAACGCACAAAAUAUGCUGGGGAAAGCAGUAAAGAAUUAGGAUCUGGAGGAAACAUAAAACCUUGGCAAUCUCAAAAAUCCAGCAUGGACUCCUGUUUGUAUCGAGUAGAUGAAAACAUGACUGCUUCCACCUAUAGUCUGAAUAAGAUCCCAGAGAGAAAUUUGGAAACAGUGUUAUCUCAAUCAGUACAGUCUAUUCCUUUGUAUCUCAUGCCACGGCCAAAUUCAGUAGCAGCCACCAGCUCUGCCCAUUUGGAAGACCUUGCUUACCUGGAUGAGCAGAGACAUACACCUUUGAGAACUUCUCUACGAAUGCCAAGACAGAGUAUGGGCGGUGCUCGCACACAGCAGGAUUUAAGAGUUCGCUUUGCACCUUAUAGGCCUCCAGAUAUCUCCUUGAAGCCUCUGCUCUUUGAAGUGCCCAGCAUCACUACAGAGUCAGUGUUCGUUGGCCGAGAUUGGGUUUUCCAUGAAAUAGAUGCUCAACUUCAAAGUUCAAAUGCCAGCGUGAACCAAGGAGUAGUGAUUGUGGGAAACAUUGGAUUCGGCAAAACUGCCAUCAUCUCCAGACUGGUGGCCCUCAGCUGCCACGGUACAAGAAUGAGACAGAUCGCCUCAGACAGCCCACAUGCCUCCCCCAAACAUGUGGAUGCCAACAGAGAGCUGCCACUCACACAGCCACCUUCAGCCCACUCGUCUAUCACCAGUGGAAGCUGCCCAGGAACUCCGGAAAUGCGCAGGCGGCAGGAGGAGGCUAUGCGAAGACUAGCCUCACAGGUGGUCGCCUAUCACUAUUGUCAAGCAGAUAAUGCCUACACUUGCUUGGUGCCGGAAUUUGUCCACAAUGUUGCUGCCUUGCUCUGCCGCUCACCUCAGCUGACAGCCUAUCGGGAGCAGCUUCUUCGGGAACCUCACCUGCAGAGCAUGCUGAGCCUUCGGUCCUGUGUUCAAGACCCCAUGGCCUCCUUCCGGAGGGGAGUCCUGGAGCCACUAGAAAAUCUCCAUAAAGAGAGAAAAAUCCCAGAUGAAGAUUUCAUCAUUUUAAUUGAUGGAUUAAAUGAAGCAGAAUUUCACAAACCGGAUUAUGGGGAUACAGUUGUAUCGUUUCUGAGUAAAAUGAUCGGAAAGUUUCCUUCUUGGCUUAAACUAAUUGUAACAGUUAGGACCAGUUUACAGGAAAUUACCAAGCUGCUGCCUUUCCAUAGGAUUUUUUUGGAUCGACUAGAAGAGAAUGAAGCCAUAGACCAGGACCUGCAGGCUUACAUCCUGCACCGGAUACACAGCAGCUCAGAGAUCCAGAAUAACAUUUCACUUAAUGGCAAAAUGGACAAUACUACAUUUGGCAAACUCAGUUCUCAUCUCAAGACCCUCAGUCAAGGGUCCUAUCUAUAUCUGAAACUUACAUUUGACCUCAUAGAGAAAGGCUAUCUAGUGUUAAAGAGCUCUAGCUACAAAGUAGUUCCUGUUUCACUCUCAGAGGUUUAUUUACUCCAGUGCAAUAUGAAGUUCCCAACCCAGUCUUCCUUUGACCGGGUGAUGCCUCUCCUGAAUGUGGCAGUGGCCUCUCUCCACCCACUGACUGAUGAGCAUAUCUUCCAGGCCAUCAAUGCUGGGAGCAUUGAAGGCACGCUAGAAUGGGAGGAUUUUCAGCAGAGAAUGGAGAACCUCUCCAUGUUCCUAAUCAAGCGCAGAGACAUGACUCGUAUGUUUGUACAUCCUUCUUUUCGAGAAUGGCUUAUCUGGAGAGAAGAAGGAGAGAAAACCAAAUUUCUCUGUGAUCCCAGGAGUGGUCACACGUUACUUGCCUUCUGGUUUUCCCGCCAAGAGGGAAAACUAAACCGACAGCAGACUAUUGAACUGGGACAUCACAUCCUCAAAGCACACAUUUUUAAGGGUUUGAGUAAAAAAGUUGGUGUAUCAUCCUCCAUUCUCCAAGGUCUCUGGAUCUCUUAUAGCACAGAAGGUCUUUCCAUGGCACUGGCGUCUUUACGAAAUCUCUACACUCCAAAUAUAAAGGUCAGCCGACUGCUGAUUUUGGGAGGUGCCAAUAUUAAUUACCGGACAGAGGUUUUAAAUAAUGCUCCAAUUCUAUGUGUUCAGUCCCAUCUUGGUUACACAGAAAUGGUAGCCCUGCUGCUGGAGUUCGGGGCCAACGUGGAUGCCUCUUCUGAAAGUGGCCUGACUCCCCUGGGAUAUGCUGCAGCAGCAGGGUACCUGAGCAUUGUGGUGCUGCUGUGCAAGAAACGGGCCAAGGUGGAUCAUUUGGAUAAGAACGGGCAGUGUGCUUUGGUUCAUGCUGCACUCCGAGGUCAUCUGGAGGUUGUCAAGUUUUUGAUUCAGUGUGACUGGACGAUGGCCGGUCAGCAGCAAGGAGUAUUUAAGAAGAGCCAUGCCAUCCAACAGGCCCUCAUUGCUGCAGCCAGCAUGGGUUAUACUGAGAUUGUCUCCUACCUACUUGAUCUUCCAGAAAAAGAUGAAGAGGAAGUAGAGCGAGCACAGAUCAACAGCUUUGACAGUCUCUGGGGAGAGACAGCCCUAACAGCUGCAGCCGGAAGGGGCAAACUGGAGGUGUGCCGUUUGCUCUUGGAACAAGGGGCGGCAGUGGCCCAGCCAAACCGCCGAGGGGCAGUGCCACUAUUCAGCACAGUGCGCCAGGGCCACUGGCAGAUUGUUGAUCUUUUACUCACCCAUGGAGCUGAUGUCAACAUGGCAGACAAGCAGGGCCGCACUCCCCUGAUGAUGGCUGCUUCCGAAGGCCAUCUAGGAACUGUGGACUUUCUACUUGCACAAGGUGCCUCCAUUGCUCUUAUGGACAAAGAAGGACUGACAGCCCUCAGCUGGGCUUGUUUGAAGGGCCAUCUCUCAGUAGUACGUUCUCUGGUGGAUAACGGAGCUGCCACAGACCAUGCUGACAAGAAUGGCCGUACCCCACUGGAUCUGGCAGCUUUCUAUGGCGAUGCUGAGGUGGUCCAGUUCCUGGUAGAUCAUGGGGCCAUGAUCGAGCACGUUGACUACAGUGGAAUGCGCCCUUUGGAUAGGGCAGUGGGGUGCCGGAACACUUCUGUUGUUGUCACUCUUCUGAAGAAAGGAGCCAAGAUAGGUUGUCAGACGUUACCGAGUCGCCCACGAGGUCCAGCCACAUGGGCGAUGGCCACCUCCAAGCCAGACAUCAUGAUCAUCCUGUUGAGCAAGCUGAUGGAAGAGGGGGACAUGUUUUAUAAGAAAGGUAAAGUAAAGGAAGCUGCCCAGCGCUACCAGUACGCCCUGAAGAAGUUCCCUAGAGAAGGGUUUGGUGAGGACUUGAAAACUUUCCGGGAACUAAAGGUGUCUCUCCUCCUCAACCUCUCUCGGUGUCGCAGGAAAAUGAACGAUUUUGGAAUGGCGGAGGAAUUUGCUACUAAGGCCCUGGAGCUGAAACCGAAAUCUUAUGAAGCUUACUAUGCGAGAGCAAGGGCAAAACGCAGCAGCAGACAGUUCGCAGCAGCCUUAGAGGACCUGAACGAGGCCAUCAAGCUGUGUCCCAACAACCGUGAGAUCCAGAGACUUCUGCUGAGAGUGGAAGAAGAGUGCAGACAGAUGCAGCAGCCACAGCAGCCACCACCACCACCGCCGCCACCGCAGCCUCAGCAACAGUUGCCGGAAGAAGUAGAACCUGAACCACAGCAUGAAGACAUAUACUCUGUACAGGAUAUAUUCGAGGAGGAGUACCUGGAACAGGAUGUUGAAAAUGUUUCCAUCGGCCUUCAGACAGAGGCCCGGCCCAGCCAGGGGCUCCCGGUCAUCCAGAGCCCACCCUCCUCUCCCCCGCAUCGGGACUCAGCCUACGUCUCCAGCUCACCUCUUGGCUCUCAUCAGGUUUUUGACUUCCGGUCCAGUAGUUCUGUAGGCUCUCCCACUAGACAGACCUAUCAGUCCACCUCACCUGCCCUGUCUCCAACUCAUCAGAACUCACAUUACAGGCCUAGCCCACCACACACUUCCCCAGCUCAUCAGGGAGGAUCUUACCGUUUCAGCCCCCCUCCUGUGGGAGGACAGGGCAAAGAAUACCCAAGCCCUCCCCCUUCCCCUCUCCGGAGAGGCCCUCAGUAUCGGGCCAGCCCUCCAGCUGAAAGUAUGAGUGUCUAUAGAUCCCAGUCUGGUUCACCCGUGCGCUAUCAGCAGGAAACAAAUGUCAGUCAGCUUCCUGGCAGACCCAAAUCUCCAUUAUCCAAAAUGGCCCAGCGGCCCUACCAGAUGCCUCAGCUCCCUGUGGCAGUUCCCCAGCAAGGGCUCAGGCUACAGCCUGCCAAGGCCCAGAUUGUGAGAAGUAACCAGCCCAGCCCAGCGGUCCAUUCAAGCACCGUCAUCCCCACAGGAGCCUAUGGCCAAGUAGCCCAUUCAAUGGCCAGUAAAUACCAGUCUUCACAAGGAGACAUAGGAGUCAGCCAGAGCCGGUUGGUUUAUCAAGGGUCAAUUGGGGGAAUUGUAGGGGAUGGGAGGCCGGUGCAGCAUGUCCAAGCCAGCCUGAGUGCAGGCGCCAUCUGUCAGCACGGAGGAUUGACCAAAGAGGAUCUUCCACAGCGACCUUCCUCAGCAUACCGAGGUGGCGUGAGAUACAGCCAGACACCACAGAUCGGACGCAGCCAGUCAGCAUCCUAUUACCCAGUCUGUCACUCAAAACUAGAUCUGGAGCGCUCCUCCAGCCAACUAGGUUCCCCUGAUGUGUCGCAUUUAAUCAGAAGACCUAUCAGCGUCAACCCUAAUGAAAUCAAACCACACCCGCCAACUCCCAGGCCAUUGCUGCAUUCCCAAAGUGUGGGCCUUCGCUUCUCUCCAUCUAGCAAUAGUAUCUCCUCCACCUCCAACCUAACUCCAACCUUCCGGCCAUCUUCUUCCAUCCAGCAAAUGGAGAUCCCACUGAAACCCGCAUAUGAGAGGUCAUGUGACGAGCUGUCACCAGUGUCUCCAACUCAAGGAGGUUACCCCAGUGAGCCCACCCGAUCCAGGACCACACCAUUCAUGGGGAUCAUAGAUAAAACAGCGCGGACUCAGCAGUACCCCCACCUCCACCAGCAGAAUCGGACCUGGGCAGUGUCAUCCGUGGACACUGUCCUCAGUCCCACGUCUCCAGGCAACCUGCCUCAGCCCGAGUCCUUCAGUCCACCAUCAUCCAUCAGCAACAUUGCCUUUUAUAACAAAACCAACAAUGCACAGAAUGGCCAUUUGCUGGAGGACGAUUAUUACAGCCCCCAUGGGAUGCUGGCUAACGGGUCUCGCGGAGACCUCUUGGAGCGAGUCAGCCAGGCCUCCUCCUAUCCCGAUGUGAAGGUAGCUCGGACUCUACCUGUGGCUCAGGCAUACCAGGACAACCUGUACAGGCAGCUGUCCCGAGACUCUCGGCAAGGGCAGACAUCCCCUAUCAAACCAAAGAGACCAUUUGUGGAGUCUAAUGUUUAAAAGACGUUUUGUUGGAGUGAGACCCAUAUGUUUUCACUGCACAUUUUCAGGCUUGGUUUCCACAUUUGAGGUAGUUCUCUGGCUUAAUUUCUCAUGUAGUUUCUGUGUGGUGUUCAGAGGUGGCAGCCCACAUGCUGAAAUCCUUUGCAUGCAGCCGACUGGGAAGCGGCCUCCCGGGAGCCAGGACUUCAGUUUCUCUUGUCUAUGCCCAGCCACAUGCUCUCUCCCUCUCUUCAGAUGCCAACGAGGAGAUUUUCAUGCCAUGUGCUUUAACCCAGGGAGAUCAGACACACUGGUCAGCUUUUUCCAGGAGACAAUCGCUUUCACUGAUGUUCUUGUUGUGUAAUUGUCUUUUUCUUUUUUUAAAAAAAUAAGGUGUUCUUGUUCGUUUUCUUCUAGAAACUUUUAGAGUGCGAUGCCCCUUUGCCUUUGCAUUCUUAGCCAGUGUCACCCACACAGCCAGCUGCAGCGCAUUCUCAUACUGUGGCCCCUCCCCAGACCGCCAGUGCCCUGCAGCCACCAGGUCUACAGUGUGCAUUAGGAUUAUUGCUGGUCUUCCUAGGGGGGUAAAAGGAUCAGAAGAGAAGAAUUAAGUGCUAAAUUGGAAGAAAACCCCAAUAUAAUUACGUAAAAUGUCACUACAUUGAUUUUCCGAGAGGCAUUGUAGGAACAUGUCAAAAACAGCCAGCCCUUUAAAUAUUGCAGUCAGCCAAGGAAAUUAGAUGAGAAUUGUGGCUAUUAAGAGAACUCACUGAGAGUUAUUCUCUAGAUUUUUAGCUGACAACCAGUAAAAGCUGCUGCUUUUCCAGGGUAGGGGAGGGAAUGAAUACAUGGAAAAACGAAAAAGAUUGUUCUGGAUUCUCAGUGAAAGGCUAUAGGAAGUCUGUUCUGGAGACAUCUACUUUUUAGAUCCUGAUACAUCACUGAGUGUCAUACUCCACAAAAAGGAACCUCUUCCCGAAGGCUGGCUGGUGUGACAAUCCCAUUAGUUGGAUCUUCACCUACAGCCAGAUUUUGUUCUAGUGGCCCUCUUUCUGUAAACCCAGAUGGCAUCAUACAGAAAUCGUUUCUUUCAGAAGCAGAUUGGAAUCUCUUGGGACCAUGAGACUGAGUCCCAAUAUUUCCACCCAGGGUCACGCCCGUUGUUGUCUACUUCCGUUUUGAGAUCUAUAGUUUGAUUAUUAUCACAGGAACUGUUUCUUUUCUUUUUCUAGGAGUAUUUGUGAGAGUGUGAUAUUUUAAAGUCAGAUGCAGCAAAAACUGUUUCAGGGUGAAGAAAGACCCCUUUCAGCCCUGUUUUGUAGCCCUGGGUGGGGGCAUGAGAUAGCAAGCUUCUGAUCUUGGUCACCGUACACAUCUUCUAGGUCUCGUGGUCAUUUGGUAAGCUGACCUUUGAGUGAGCGAGGCCACUGUUGAGUGGAUAGCAGGAAUAUUGGAACCAAAGCCUUGGCACAGGCCUGGCACUGGCUGUACAUCAGCUCUUACAACUAAACAACUCAACCCAACAAACUAAGCAACUGAAACGAAACAAAGAAGCAUUCGUUCUCUGUUAUUAGGAAUCAUUCUGCUCUGUUAGGGAAGGGCUGCAGGAAGGGCAGUUUCCUGAAUAAAAAUCUGGCUAUGACCAGUCCCAUGUGUUUGGUUGGUAAGUAAGUAAGUAAGUGCCCUUUGAAGGGAUCAUUAAGACACAGGGAACAUGAACCUGAGAUCAGAAGCAUUUCUUUACUAAUUUAGAUUCUGCCAAAUAGACUAACCUCUCCACCCCCAAACCUAAAACAGGCCAGGACUUGUCUCUUUGUGCUGAAAGCAAAUAGCGGGACUAACUCAAGCCCCAGCCUCUUUCCACCCUCCCUGAGACCUAAGGACUGCCUUCUCAGCUAGACCAGGGUGGGCAUCAGCGACGCCUUCUCAGCUAGACCAGGGUAGGCAUCAGCGUCCUCUCUCCAUCUCUGUACCCCUCUCUCACACAUCAGGAAGAUGAGACAUGUAGCUCUAGCGGCAGCCUCUAGCCAGGAGCCCAGUGGCCUCUCAGAUCGCUUUUUGGCCAGGUCUCAGCACUGCUGGCCUCUUUGCAUCUUAUUCCUUACAACCUCCUCUCACUGAGGAGCCACUGCAUUUUGAAGAAUUUCUCAGUGUCUGUUAGAAAAGUGCUCCUGCUCAUUUGGAACGCCACACAUCCACCCACACUCACCUGUCCAGGCGAAUGAGCAGGUCCUGUAGCUUUACAAAUAUGCCACUGAUGCCACUUCUCCCCAGGGUCUCUCAGUUUUCCAGGACAAAAAGGAGAUUUAGGGCCUAUACCCUAUGGGCAAAACACCUAAAAUGUUAACAGUCAAAAUGCCAUUUUUUUGGCCAUCAUGAGAGGGAGUAGGUAUCACUGCUGCAUGCCAGUUGUUUUUGACUAGAAUAUGCCAACCAGAGUUUGUUGGGGCAGGAGACGUUUUUCCUUACAAGCAGACUGCCUGUGCCCUGUGCCCUGUUUGCUACUUCACUGCCAUGGAAUGAUCUGAGUACUGUAUUUCAGAGCUGCCCCUUCCCCAGCAGCAAACACUCGCUGAGUCCAUGUCUGGCAUCAGGUGGGAGGAAAUGUUUCAGAUGAAACUUACUCAAUUCAUAUCACCCUGAAAUGGAGGACAGAGGUGACAAACUUCAGUUUAAUAGGUUUCUCACCAAGUUGUAUGUUCCAUUGGCCCAGGAUUCUUGCACUAAUGGGUUUCCAUCACAUCAUGUCUAUAAAUGGGUGCACUUUACUGUUUGAAUUUGUAACUGAAGUACUGGAUAUUUAAGUGUGAGUAAUGUCUUCAUUAGAAAAUAGCAGAACCGCUCUUGUCUUUUAGUGUAUUUUUCAAGAAAAAAGGAAAGGAAAGACAUCAAGCAGUGGAUCACAACAUUUAUAGCACAAGAAAUAACUGUUGUAUAUAAGCAUCAAAAAGAUUAAGAAUUUUUUAAUAUGAAAAAUAUUUGCAGUGAUUUUAAAGUGCUUUUCCAGCAAUGUUCUUAGGGACUCCUGAGACACGGUUACUUUAUCUACUGGAUCAGUAAGGCACACAAUUAACAAUUAACAAUUAAUGUUUAUUUACAAAGUAAAGGGAAAACCUGUGUAACAUGAGAAUUUGGCAUGACAAAAUGGAGACCAUUUUGUAUCUGCUGUUGUAUCUUGUCCGGGUUGCAGACGUGCACUAUUAAAGUCCCAAGUUAAUAGAGCACAAACCCUUCUCGCUCCUCCCCCAUGUGCCCCUCUUUUCAGAUGUGUAUAACAAACUCGAUGGCUCAGGAAAAUUCCACUAAUUAGAAUCAUGUACAGUACCCCAGGUCGUUGUCCAGAUAUACAAGUUUGCUAAUGUAGUUAAGCCUGGAUUAUUAAAACACUUUUCCUAAAUUAUUGUAAACAGAACAGCUUAGAGAAAGGUAUUCUCAGUCCUUAUAUUGUAUAGUAGUUUAUGAGCCCCUCUCUAAAUGUUGAUAUUUUUAUAUUCCAGAGAUGUACCCAAUAGAAAAAAUUAAAAAUUAAUCAGUAUCUAAUUUAAUAUCCAUAAGUAUUUUUCCUUAGAUUUUAGUCACAUACAGUGGGCUAUGUGGAUGUCACUUGUGCUUCACCAUAGUUUACCACUAGGUGUCACUGUGGCUCUGCACUGCGCUUGUUUUGUAGCAAAGAACCGCGGCAUCCCCUCGGGAGAGAGGAGCUGCUUCCAGGGCAACAGGCAGGCGGGCUCAGAGGUUCAGGAGAAGGGAACAGAGGCCUGGAAGGGGUCUUCGUGCAUCUGUGCCAGUUGUGCAAGACGAACUCUUUGAACACUACAUGCUUUGGACUUCAGCCAGGCAGAGGCUGGGAGAAGGUUGACCAGAGCUCCCUUGCUCUGGUAGAGGGAUAGGUUCAGGGAGAAGCCCCUUCUUCCCCGUGAGCCUCCCUCCUCUCAGUUCCUCUCAGCCUCCAGCUUUUAUAACUCCAGAAGCGUCACAGUUGGGUGGUUUGAUUCAGAGAGAGUUAUUUUUCUACUGCAGAAAUGCCUUGGACAAAACCAGUGCUCACUGAAUCUUUGCCACAAAAUGGAACAGGCUAUCCCAGGGGGCAAGAGGUGCCCGCCCCUGUGCCCAGCCUCCUCUUGAUGCUCCCAGUGCCCAGCAGCCUCGCCCACCCUGCCUGUCUGUUCCUGAGCUGCCCAUUUCUCAAGAAACCGACCUGCAAAGGCAGCCGGCUGCUGCCUCCACACUGAGGGCUGUGCGGUCCUGCUGCUUGCUCACUGGGAGGUGCAGCUCUUUCUCCUCUUCCUCUAGGAAUUCCAGACCGACCAUCUACCAUGACUAACAACAAUGAACAAAGGGCUUAGGGGCAAGAGCUACCUACAAAGACGUGUCAUGGAACCCUUCACCAUGCAAUGCCUUGAACUCAGCUCUGGCUGCUCCCAAGAAAAGGUGGCUGGCUGGGGGCCUGGACACAAGCACAAUGGGGCUGGUGGAGCCACUGUGCAGAGCUACUUGAAUAAUCACUGGGUUUUCAUCAACUCCUUUUGUUAUACAGACCACUCAAGGGCUGAAGUGUUGGUAACCUUCAUUUCGGUGUCCAAAGCCUCACAGCAGGUGAGCCACCCUGAGAUGCUUGUGGCCACAUGGUGGCCACAGUCAGAGCUUUGAAAGUCAGUACCAAAUGAACGCAUAAUUGGACACCAAAAAUCAAGUGUUACUUUCGUGUUUCCUCACCCAUCAUCUCAUUGCCUCCUGCUGACUCUGAUACCGACGCUGAGCUGACUUGCCAGGCUGCCGCUGGAUGCGUAGAGAUCAGGCCAGCGCCGCGCUCAUUUUUCCAGAUAGACCUACUCUGUGGAACGGAAGUGCCCUAGCUGCUUUGUUUUUGUAGCACUUGCUGGCUGAAUUUUUCUUUUGCUAAUUGCUAACCAGAAAGUCUGGUUAGAGGGGGCUCAACUCAAUCCCUUUGGUCCCCAGAGCCAGACGAGUUAAUUCUGGAAAAUUGAGUACUUGAAUGUACCUGCCUUAUUGCAUACCAAUUUACUGGGGGGAAAAAAAAUUUAGUGAUGCCGGCUCCAGAUCUCCACUUCAUUCACAGGUGAUUUUGGAAAUCCUAUAAGUUACACUUCCUGUUCUGGUUUUGUUUUGUUUUUUGUUUCCUUUGGCUGAUUCCUGCUGAGUGAGGCCAGUUCCUCAUCAGGCUCAGGGCAGGUGCCAUUUUCAGGCGUGGCCUCCUUUCCAUCUAGCACAGCAUCUUUGUCUCUGUUCUGUCUCCUCCAAAUCCAAGAUGAUUUUAAUUAGUACAGACAUGUACAGUCUACAAUUAAAGAGUGAUUUGUACUAAUAUGAUUUUGAUCUUCUUCCUCUUUGCUGUCCUUUCAAGACACUUGCUGGAAAAAGCUUUAAUGCACUUAGUUUUCCUUUAGGUUUUCUAUGACUCCGCUGUAAAGGACUUUCUCUGUACAGUAUAUUAUCCAAUGCAUGUUUGUUCUCUCUCCUGAUAUAUUGAACACCACACAGUUGUGAAGCCGCGCAGUGGGGAUGCCCCACACCCCACAGAGGCAUCUACCCCUGUGUAUAAGGAAAGACAUUUUCCUUUGCUGUACUUGCUUGAGCAGUUUUAUUGUCUGUACAUGUGAGCUGUGUGAGAUAGAUGUGAAAAGUUCAAAUGAAUGCAUUUUCCUGCCCCAUGUAUACAGAUUGUCAUCUGUACAAUGAACUGUAUGUAUGAAAGCAAAUGUACUUAUUUAUAAAUGGCUAACACUUGGAAAACCA